AUGUUUCCUUCGUCGAUCAUGUCAGCGCUGGUAGCACUUUGUUUGUUUGCACUAAGUGUUUCAGCCCAUGGGGUCCGCGUCGAUUGGGUGAGCGGACUGGACGACUGCUGGGAGAAGUGCCUCCAAAACACCGAAGAUGGCUGCAAUUCAAGUAGCUGUAUCUGUGAUGCAAGUCAAGAUGGCAGCUACCUACCUCCCGCCGUUUCUUGUAUGGCAAGCAAAUGCGAUGCCGACGAGUUCGCGAUUGGCAUCGCUCUUCUCCUUCCGCUCGCACCCUACUGUGGUAUCGCUGGCAAACCCGUUCCGCAGUCUAUAUUGAGUAGUGCGUAUGCUGCUGCGACUGCGACGUCCGAGCCCUCACCUUCUACCACACGUACGACGCACCACAACCCUAAACCGACUUCAAAAGAGAAGGAGAACACCCUCACCAAGGUUAUUACUACGACUCUUACGACAACCUCGACCGACCAGGACGGGAAUACUCUACAGGUUGUGGUUCCUAUACUCAUUGGCCCAAGCGGCUUGAGCUCUGGAAAGCCCGUCACAUCCACGAUUAAUGCCUCGAAGACGAUCAAUGUAGAUCCAGCAUCAUCCACUCCAGCCUCACCCAGCCCGACUCCCGAUGUCUCCUCGCCAACUUCGACUCAAGACCAACAGCCGCAAGUCGAAUCGACCGCCGAAGCAAAGCCUACAAACAAAGGCUCAGGCGGAUCAAACUCUAACGGCAGUCCAUUCGAAAACAUGCAAGCCGGUGCAAGUCAAUGGGGACUUUCGCGCCUUGCGGCGGGCUUGGGCUUGCUGGCUGGCAUUUUCCUAAGAAUGUAG